GUAAACCGAAAUCGAAAAUGAUACUAAGAAAAUAUUGUCAUUGUAUUCUAGGAUGCGCCAUUUUCAUCAAUAAAGUGCCAACCCCUGCCAACGUGACUCAAUCACCGCUCAUACUUUGUCGUCUACGCCCUCUACAUGGGCCCAAAUUCACGGUCCACUAAGACCUCAGCUGCCGCCUUUCUUUCAGAUGUCCAAAGCCACCGUGACUAAAAAUCUCUUGGUCAAUCUUCUUCAUUCACCACUCAAUUCAACAGAUUGAAACUAUUCUGAAACAAUGACUGCCUCUACCACUGCUCUAUUUGUCAUUGAUAUCCAGCAUGCUCUGGCUAUUGACUCGAAAGAGAGGAUUCCCCAUGCCGAAAGGCUAGUUGCUGCGGCAGGAGAAGUAGUAGAUGCAGCACGCGCCGUGAACCCGCCCUUGAUUGUCUUUGUUCAACAUGAAGAGAAGCCAGAGAAUGGAUGUCUUGUUCGAGGCUCGGAGGCCUGGAAACUUGUCUUUAACCCAGAUCAGGGUGCACCCAAUGAGCUACUUGUUCACAAAACGACGCGGGACACGUUUGAAUCAAACCCAGGCCUAGCAGACACACUCAAGCAAAAGGGCAUCACACAUAUCAUAACCUGCGGUAUUCAGAGUGAGUGCUGUGUCGAGUCUACGUCCAAGGGAGCCCUUGCCGCGGGAUUCCAAGUCAGCAUCCUCCGCGAUGCCCAUUCGACUUAUGAUGAUGAUGGAAAGUCGGCUAUUGAGAUUGAACGCGCCGUAGAGCAGCGUUUAGAGGCACUUGGUGCAAAGGUCGUUCCCUAUAAAGAUGCUCUCGCACAGUGGAAGAGCGCCAAUGCUCUGUGUUAACUAGUCAUGGACGCUGAAUAGCAAUAAAAUUAAAUCGAAAUGUUUCA